CCCUGCCCCUCUGCCCUGCCAACCAAACACUGCUUGGGGACGCGUCACCCCACCCCCCAUCAUAGCCUGCCGAGCUUGGGGAAGGAGGGGUUGCAGAGGAAGGACAUCGGCUACGUUCAUCACUGAGCUUGUGCGCUGCGAUUCAGACGGCCGAAGCAGAUUGCAGCAAAGCGGCAUCAGCGGCAGAGCAUGCGCCCGUGCGAUUAAGCGUCUCGCCGCGCUUAGACGCCGGUAGGUCUCUUCCACCACCGUUAGUCGCCUUCUUAUAUAUUUAAAAAAAUAUAUAUUAUAAUUAAGUUUUCCAUUAUAUUUUUGCCCGCCCCACCCGUGAGCUAUUUGGUUUGCAAUCUAUCAAACUCCCACUACUCUCAACUACCCGCAACAUUGUGAUUGUUGUUGUUAUUGUUGUUGUUAUUUCCUUGCUAGGGGGAGGGCGGCUGGGCGGGCGGUAUUGGGGAAGCUUCCCAAGCUAAUCGCGAUCUGCAAAUGCAAGGCUGCCUGCUGUUCGACCUGCCCGUGUCCAUCCCGCUGGGGAACGGCAUGUACAGCGGGGUCGACACUGAAAGCCCUGUCCGACGCUACGGAGGAGACCCAUCGCCUGCACACCUGCCCCCGCUGUCCAGCUACAUGGUUGGCCGCAACAAUAACAACGCGAGGCUCACGGAUCACAUGUUCUCCGGCAUGCCGCGGCCGGUGCACAUCCAGCCGCUGUACCAGGACGCGCAUGCCAAGCGCGGCCUGCUCGCCUCCGACCUCGGCAGCCUCGCCAAUGGCCUCAAGAGCCUCCAGAUGGAGCGGCCGGCGCUCGGCAGCUGCCUGCGGGCGGCGGCGGCGGCGGCGGCCACGCAGCACGACGCGGUGCCCGGGUCCCCGCGUCCGGACGACGGCUCCCCGAAGCCCCACUCGACGGCCAUGUCGCCCGAGCAGGCGAUGCGCAAGUACAUGCACAGACUGAGCAUGUUCGAGCACCAUGAGAUAUUCAACUACCACGAGGUGUACUUCGUGGGGCCCAGCGCCAAGAAGCGGCAGGCGACGCUGAGCGGCGUCAACAACAACGGCUUCGACGACGAGCAGGGCUCGUACAUCCACGUGCCGCACGACCACGUGGCCUACCGCUACGAGGUGCUGCGCGUCAUCGGCAAGGGCAGUUUCGGCCAGGUGGUGAAGGCCUACGACCACCGGACGCACCAGUACGUGGCGCUCAAGAUGGUGCGCAACGAGAAGCGCUUCCACCGGCAGGCGGCCGAGGAGAUCCGCAUCUUGGAGCACCUCAAGAAGCAGGACAAGGAAAACACCAUGAACGUCAUCCACAUGCUCGAGAGUUUCAACUUCCGCAACCACAUCUGCAUGACCUUCGAGCUGCUCAGCAUGAACCUCUACGAGCUCAUCAAGAAGAACAAGUUCCAAGGCUUCAGCCUGCAGGUGGUGCGCAAGUUUGCGCACUCCAUUCUACUGUGCCUCAACGCGCUGCACAAGAACCGCAUCAUCCACUGCGACCUUAAGCCCGAGAACAUCCUGCUCCGCCAGCAGGGACGCAGCGGCAUCAAGGUGAUCGACUUCGGCUCCAGCUGCUACGAGCACCAGCGGGUGUACACCUACAUCCAGUCGCGCUUCUACCGUGCACCCGAGGUGGUGCUGGGCGGCCGCUACGGCCUGCCCAUCGACAUGUGGAGCCUGGGCUGCAUCCUGGCCGAGCUGCUCACGGGCAGCCCGCUGCUGCCCGGCGAGGAUGAGGGCGACCAGCUGGCCUGCGCCAUGGAGCUGACGGGUUCCCCGCCGGCGCGUCUCCUCGAGCAGAGCAAGCGCGCGCGCCAGUUCUUCAGCUCGCUGGGCCACCCGCGCUACUGCACCGUCACCACGCUGCCCGGCGGCUCCGUCGUGCUCAACGGGGGACGCACGCGGCGCGGGAAGUUGCGCGGCCCCCCCUCCAGCCGCGACUGGACCACGGCCCUCAAGGGCUGCGAUGACCACCUCUUCAUAGACUUCCUCAAGAAGUGUCUGGACUGGGACCCAGCCACGCGCCUGACGCCCAGCCAGGCCCUCAAGCACCCCUGGCUGCGCCGGCGACCCCUGAACCCCACGGCGGCUGCCACGCCAAUGCCGGCGCCGGCCCUCACAGAGAAGACGGUCACCGUCAAGUACCUGCCCGUGGCCUCCUACGUGCAGACUGAGAUCGUGACCAAGCUCUUCCCCGAGACGCUCUCCCCAAACCGGCCCCGCAUCAAGAUCAUCCACUCGGAGGACGUGGAGGGCCUCAUGUACCCUCAGAGGACCUGCCUACCAAAGCUCAUCAGCUGAGGUGGCUGGCGCGCACACCCCGAGGAGAUGCUGAGAUAAAAAACAAAAUGGCCCAACCAAAAUGCGCUAGUGGCAUUCGUUCUUGGAGAAUCGAUUAUUGUUGUCCUCUCAUUGUCCACGUAAUAACCACUUGCCCGUGUACAUCUUGUUUCACUGAGGACUUAAAGCGCUGCCUAUCUGUGUUUAUGUAGCAUCUGCCAAGUUGUCGACCACAGGAUUACAGUAAGAGUCUUCUCAGCUGCAUAGUGAGUGGCCCUUACAGAGGUUUUUAAGUUCUACCUCAACUGCUUUUUUUCAGGUGUUAAAAACCUGCACUUUGCAUAAUCACUCAAGACCACAAGUUGCACGCAAGACUGUAAUAUUCACAUGACUGUGCUUCUGUUUUUUCAACAUCACCCAGUGCUGAAGAAGUACAGCUGCUUUUUUUUGGUUUUUUAAACAGAAAAAAAACAUUUAGGUGUAGAAAUUCACUGAAAUGCUGCUUCUGUUUUGGCAAUGCUACAAAGCAAAAACACAGAGGCGUAGAGAACACUGCACAACGUGCACCUGCUAAGCAAACGACAUCUCCGAGGAGAAACGUCGGCCAACUUCGUUCGCUGCGUCAUCACGCGGCAGGAUUCGCGUCAUUGAGAUUGCACAAUUAUACAGCGUAACAGUGAGCUGCUUUCCAUUCUACGGCAAGAAAAAGAGACGUGAGGGAACCGUUGACACCAUCGCUGGAACGGCAUGGGAAGGGAUUUGUUGGAAUUGGGUGUUUUUUUCCUUCUCUCCCCCGAGGUGUGAGAGAAUGGAGACAAAUUAUUGGCUAUUGGGGAUACUGCAUAUAUCGUAUCAUGAAGAAAUAACUUAUUAUUUUUAAGGCGUCAAAUCAACAACAACAACAAAAAGACGAGAAGUAAUCUGUUCAUAAACAAGGUGACUUGCUAACAAGUGGUUUUUGGCAACAUAUCAAAUAACCAUAAUUAACAGCUUUAGUUUGUGUCAUCUUUUUUUUUGUUGACUUUUAAAAUACAAGUUGUAAAAGAGACAGAAAAAAACACUUGAACCAUCUUAUUUUAAAAGGUGCAAUUUACUUAAGUAACGUGAGACGCAAAACAUGGGGGUUUGUUCCCCCUAAACGUUUCAUCAUUUGUUACUGUGCCUUGUUUUUAUUUGUUACAUAUGUGUGUACGUUUCUAGGGCGUUUAGACUAUUUAGUUUUAACGAUUGCACUGGAUUUUUUUAAUUCCAUUUUUUAUUUUCAAAAUGUAUACAAAAAUUAAUUUCAUGUUUUAUUUUUUUUGUUGUAAAAAUAGUAUUUCAAGAGGUUAGUCCUUGGUUAUAGUUUCUACAAAAUACAGACUGCAAUAUUUGGAAUAAAACAUAUAUUGACUCCUCUGAAAAUCAAUACAAUUUACAUUUCUCACACAAAUUACUUUUAAAUAAUGUAUUAAUGAUAUGAAAUAUACUUGAUAACAAAACCUUGAUUCUUUUAAAGUGUGAUGGUUAUUAAGGCAGUCAGGGUUUAAAUUUGUUACUCAUCUGUGAAAAAUAGCUUUAUAGCUCAUUGUAUUCCUCCAGUAUGAAUAAAGAUGCAGAUUUUUACAGUACUCAAAUAGUAAAAAAAAAAUACGAACAGCAAAAGAUUAAUGAAAGAAAAAUCCCAGAGGGAAACUGACUCUAAGUGUCCACUAAUUUACCAUGAAUUUACCAUUAAUAUAAGUGAAAACAAGUUACAUUAAUUAUUAUGUGCCCAUAACGUAAAAUCCAUCUCGGAACAUGGUAAAAGAUGAAAUAUGACUGGACGAUGCAAAUGUUAAUUAUGUCCAAAUGAACUAAAAUGAUGUUUUCACAGUAGCUUUGACAACAUUAAUUAGAGGUAGACCUGUAGAAGGUGAACAGAUUACAAGCUGUACGUUUUUGUAUUUAGACUCCAAGAAAUGGGUGCUUGCCCACUGUUCCCAAGAAAUGGUCUUAAUGCUUAAAUUAACCAAUUUUAAAGGUGCUCAUUGACUGGUACUUACAAUGGGACAGGCGGCUUAGAAACGCAACACAGUAAGUAAUUUUAAAAACACAUUGCUUGCUAAGUUUUGGUUCGUUAUUUUUGUUUUAUAUUCCAAUAUGGUGCACUUGAUUUGCCGAAUUGUAGUCGCUUCGCAUGUAAUAGAAAUAAGUCUGUGGCACAGAAUACACCACACGAACAUAUCUACUGAAGGUUGUUGUGUCGUGGGGCCAGACAUCGCACUCACAUGGAUUAACGUAAAAUAAUAGAAAUCAAUAAACUGAACGCUUUAUGCUAUGACACUAUAAACACCGGUAAGGAUAUCGUGCCAGUCUGGGUGCACCUCCACACAUCGGUGAGGGUGCUUUUUGUUUUUUUCUGCAUUGGAUUGUGUUAGCACCCACGUGCCCGUGCAUGUUUGUACCGAGAGGGCCUUUUGAAAAAAAAAGGGUGAAAUAGGCAAAAAUAAACUCAACGAAAUCGCCAAGGUCACACUGGCUCGAGCCAGUUUGAAACCUUCGACCACAACGCAUUAUCUAAACAAUGCAGUUACUUUUGUUUUGAAGAAGAAAAAACAUGUCUUUUUACUGUGUGUGUGUACAUACACCUACGUCGAUUGUGUACAGUGAAAUUAUAUGUUUCACGAUUGCAUCUUUCUGUGAAUAUGCCGAUUGAUUUACAAACGCAAGCCUCGAAUGGUGCUUGGUUGCACUGUGUAACGUAGCUGUUCAUUCGUGUCUGGCGUACUCCACCAGACUAAUUUUUUUAGCCUGAUUUUGAAGGCUUAUUGUACAGGUCCACAGUAGUUUGUUCAAGAAAUGGUGUGUUUUAAAUGUUUUUAACAAAUAAAUAGAUUGCACCAGCA